AUGGCGUCGUCGGCACGGUCCCCCAGCGCGAGCAUGUCCGCGAGCAUGACGAGCACUGGUUCCUCCUCCUUUGUUAUUGCGAGCUCUGCUGCGUCCGAGAACGACGACGUAGCCUCCAUCUCGAGCAGCAUCCUGGAUCAUUCGGAUGACGACGAGUAUAAGUCUGAUGCUCAGAAAGAGUGGGAAGCCAGCCUGGAGCAGCUGCAGCUCUUGCUUAGCAUGACAGUCAUGCCGUUUCUCGGCCGAUUCUUGGGCCGCAAGUUCGCCUAUUGGAGUUGGGCGAGGUUCAUGGAAUGGAAAUACGGCGUUGAGAUCCAAUGGGGAAAUGUUCCUGCGUUCAGCGCUGUCAGCGGGACAGCCAAAUCGAUCAAGCCUGCAGCAUCAUUAUGA